AUCUUACCCCUACCCCUUACCCCUACCCCUUAGUUUACCCCUAGCCCUUGGCCCUCAAAAACAAGGGGUAAGGGGUAGGAGUGAAAACAUACCCCUAUGAAAUGGGACGCCACUUGGUUACGGUUACGUCAUCAAGCAUUGUCGCUAGCUGGCUGCUACGUCACCAGAGGCGACAAGUGUUGAUCACAAACUUCCAAGAUGCCGUCUGCAAGUGUGUGUAUGUCGAUUGCAUGGGUUUUAGUGGUUUGUUUGCGAUUGUCUGCAACAAAUCGAAGAAAUCAAGCGAGAAGAAGAGGUCUACGUCUACGACGCCUACGAAUGCUGGUGGAUCAUCUUAUGACUGGUGCUCCAACAACAUACUAUGCCAUAAACCCCAACAUGCCUAUACUGCGCAUGUGGUUUGAUGUUGAGACUGAGCUGAGGCAGGAUUUCCGCCUCACCAGAACAGCGAUGCACAGCUUACAGAGGCUUUUGCAGAGGGAGCAGGACCAUGGCUGGGGUAAUGAGCUUGAAGUACUCAUAUACACCUAUUGGCUGGCACAUGGACUCUCUUAUCGGGUGGUGUCCCGUGUCUUUAAUGUACCAAAGGCUACAGUUCACCGCAUCAUCCACAGAGUGGCCCAGAACAUAUGGGACAAUCUGAAGAGAGCAAUCUACUUCCCUCUAACAGUGGACCUGCCUGCAGUGGGUCAGGGAUUCGUCAACAUCUCAGGAACCCCUGCAUUCCACAAUGUGGUUGGAGCAAUUGAUGGCAGCCACAUACGGAUCAAAACCACCACAGCGUCACAGAUUAGACUAUUUGAAUUAUAAAGGCUUUUACUCAGUCAACAUGCAGGCAAUAUGUGACUCGAAUGGCAGGUUUCUGGACAUUUUUGUGGGGUAUCCGGGGUCUGUCCAUGACACACGAAUAAUGAAAAACAGCAGUUUUUAUACCACGAGACAGUAUCCACCAACGGGCUACAUCCUUCUGGGUGAUGGUGGGUAUCCCUGUUUGGAAACUCCAAUUUGCCUCAUCACCCCAUUCACGGAGCCAGUGCAUGGACAAGUACAGCAGCGAUUUAAUUACUAUCAGUCAAGGGGGCGCAGCAUAAUUGAAAGGGCAUUCGGCAUGAUGAAGACCAGAUGGCGGUCAACGCUUUUCAGAGCUUUGGAGGUGAAGCCCACGUUUGCACCCCAAGUAAUUGCUUCAUGUGUCUUUUUGCACAAUGUGUGUAUGGACAAUGGUGACACACUUGUUCCAGAUGAAGACAUUUUAAUGGAUGACCUCCAACCUCCCCGUGAACACAUGGCAUACAAUGAAACCUCUGGGAAUGACACAAGAAACAGACUGGCUGCCCUAGUUUCAGGCAAUGUGCAAGCCCCAUGAACAUGACCAGCGUAUACAUUUUAUAGUUCUUUUAUGUUCAUGUAUGUAUGUGUACUACUUAGGUCUGUUUUGCAAUAAAUAUUUGUUUACACAUUGCAUGGUGUUUUGUAUAUCUGUUUCAAUUAUCAUGGUUUUGAAUGUUAUUCAUGUUCAGAAACACUAUGAUUUGACUAUUGACUCUGAUUAUUCAACUACUAACUAACAUUUAUGGUUAGUCUCUGUGGUUGAUGUAACCACUGCUUCAGUUAAAUUAUGCGCUUAAAUAAU